AUGUCCUACCCGCAGUUUGGUUACCCCUACUCCUCGGCGCCCCAGUUCCUGAUGACCCCCAACUCCCUGAGCACGUGCUGCGAAUCAGGUGGCCGCACGCUGGCCGACUCCGGGCCUGCCGCCUCGGCGCAGGCACCCGUGUACUGCCCGGUCUAUGAGAGCCGGCUGCUGGCAACCGCGCGCCAUGAGCUCAACUCGGCCGCAGCGCUGGGCGUCUAUGGGGGCCCCUACGGCGGCUCGCAGGGCUAUGGCAACUACGUGACCUACGGAUCCGAGGCCUCUGCCUUCUACUCGCUGAACAGCUUCGACUCCAAGGACGCGCCAGGAUCUGCGCAUGCGGGCCUCGCGCCCGCCGCCGCUGCCGCCGCAGCCGCCGCCGCCUACUACCCCUACGAGCCGGCGCUGGGCCAGUACGCUUAUGACAGGUACGGCACCAUGGACAGCGGCACACGGCGCAAGAACGCCACGCGGGAGACCACCAGCACGCUCAAGGCCUGGCUGCAGGAGCACCGCAAAAACCCCUACCCCACCAAGGGCGAGAAGAUCAUGCUGGCCAUCAUCACCAAGAUGACCCUCACGCAGGUCUCCACGUGGUUCGCCAACGCGCGCCGGCGCCUCAAGAAGGAGAACAAGAUGACAUGGCCACCCAGGAACAAGUGCACGGAUGAGAAACGGCCCUAUGGGGAGGGCGAGGAGGAAGAGGGGGGAGAAGAGGACCCCCGGGAGGAGCCCCUCAAGAGCACUAAGAGUGAAGAGCCCCUCGGCAAAGAGGAGAAGGAUCUUGAGCUCAGCGACUUGGAGGACUUCGACCCGCUGGAGGCGGAGCCCCAGGAGUGCGAGUUGAAACCGCCCUUCCCGCCCCUGGAAGGUGGCCUGGAACGCAUCCCCGCCACGCCUGACCGCCCCAGUGCCCCUGGGAAGGAGGCCUCGGGCACCCACCGGAUGCCCCUAGCCACCGAUGGCGGGUCCGCCCUGGACCAGGACCUGGAGAGGGCCCGGAGCUGCCUCCAGAGUGUGGUGGCGGGGCCGGAACAGCAACCGGGUGCCGGCGGCGGCCCGCAGGCCUUCGAGGCCAAGCUGGGCUUUGUGCCGGCGGGGGCAACUGCGGGCCUGGAGGUCAAACCGCGCAUCUGGUCCCUGGCGCACACGGCUACUGCAGCCGCCGCCACCAACCUGAGUCAGACUGAGUUUCCCUCGUGCAUGCUCAAGCGCCAAGGGCCCGCCGCCCCUGCGGCCGUCUCUCUAGCGCCCCCCUUGUCCUCACCUGCAGCCCCGUCCCCGGCCGGCGCCCUGGACAGGCACCAGGACUCCCCGGUAACCAGUCUCAGAAACUGGGUGGAUGGAGUCUUCCACGACCCCAUCCUCAGGCACAGCACUUUGAACCAGGCUUGGGCCACCGCCAAGGGUGCCCUCCUAGACCCGGGGCCCCUGGGCCGCUCGCUAGGGGCCGGCGCCAACGUGCUGACGUCACCCCUGGCCCGCACCUUCCCUCCUGCCGCCCCCCAGGAUUCCCCUGUGGCGGGCGCCACCAAGGAGCUGCUGGCCCUGCCCAAAGCUGGUGGGAAGCCCUUCUGCGCUUAACUCCGCGGGACCGCAGGGCACAAGAGGGAAGCUCGCACGUCAAAGACUCUUUUUCUAACAAGUUUCCAAAGCUAGGCGAGAGCGCAGCGAUGCUCAGGCCGCCCACCCACCCUGGAGGGAGGAUCUGAACUCUGUCUCCAGGAACCAUGGACAAACCCCAAGAUCUGUCGCGCCAGGUCCACCGACCACCCUGGCCAUUCCCAAACUCGGGGGCUGGGGAUCGGUGGGAUGGGGCUGCACCCAGAGCAGAAAGCAGCCACCCUGAAGCAUAAAGUUUACGUCCAAAAGUUUACAUGGAGAAGCCGGUUUAGUUCCGAGGCUUUGUUUGUGUUGCUGUCUUCUGGGUGUGAGGCAUGCCGGUGCCCUGCCUGAGGACCCCUCAGCCUGUUGACCUUCUGCUUUCAUCCUCAGCACAUAAUUCUCACCCGAAACACUUCCCCGAAUUUACACUA